AUGGCCGACCGCGAACCAUCGCCGACACCGUUGUCCUUGUCCGCACUGCGCAAACCACACAUGUCCAUCACCCUCCCUCGGAACUUCGCGCCUUUGGGUCUGGAUGGCGGUGACGACCCUAAAACCCCAGAUCAGACAUUUGCAGAGGUGAAAUUACCUCCGCCGCCCCAUCAUUCCACCUGUCGUUUGCGCCGGUCGCGCAUUCGAAUGGACAACUUCCAGGCGCGUAACAACGCUCUUCCGGCAACUCUGUUUGCUUCCGAGAUCCCUAUCCCCUCCAGUCCUCCCUCGGUACCAAAGGAAACUGAAUUCGUGGAUGCCGACAUUGCUCUACCGUCGAUUGAAUUGCACAAUCCUUUGGGAAGACCUAUCUAUAAUCAUAGCAUCACAGAUCCCUCCCCAAGCGAGCGGUUGAAGCUAUCCACCUUCAGAGAUUCCCAACUUCCACGGACCCCAAUCGCCCAGACCAAGAUCGUCCUGCCAGAGUAUAAGAGCGGUGCUUGGGACAUGCACAGGUCUGUCUCGGAAUGUUCGUUUCGUUCCGAUUCCUCAUUCACAUCAUCCGAAGACACGUUCACCACGCGACCUACCUCAUUCGACGGCAGCGCGACGAGCCCUGAGAACGAGUCGCAAGAUCCUUUCUCGCCGACAAAGGUCAACAUCAUUCCCGACACGCCGUCGAGGAAGAACAAGAAGCUAAAGGUCAACACCAUGUUGUCUAAAGGGAAUGUGCAAUGGAGCAUUGAAAUGGACAAUCAUCUAUUCAACGUCUACCAAAUGUAUCUGGCGGACCCCACGGUCACUCCGUUCAAAACAGUGCCGGGCAGCAUCCCUCCAACAGGCGUUUGUCAUCGUGUGGCGCGCAGAGCGAAGGAGACGUGGCCCAGGGCCUCCAGGGUUAGCAAACCUCUCAUCCGACGAUACAAGAUGCGAAAUGUCAUUGAGACGCGAAACAUCACUAGGGACAAGACGCCAGAACCAAACGACUUUCUCCGGACCGACCACAACGACACCAGGUGCGCUUGGCCUUCAGAGUCUGCCACGAGACGGCGAUUGAAACAAUUGUGCAAAGAGAAGUUCACCAUCACCGCCCAUUACCAGCGGUUGCGGGAAUCCAGGAGCCCUUCGCCAUUCCAUGAACAAUUUACCCGUCGGCCAGCCUCUCGUUUGUCUCAUUUGGGUUCAAAUCAAGACUCACAAGUGUCAACCGCUUAUGCCACCCGGGAAUUAGGCAUCUCGCUCGUCGCUAGUGGUGCAACGGCUCCUCUUGCACAGCUCGUCACGGGAGAUUCGCCUCCGACCCAGCAGAUGUCGGAUGACUGGUUCAAUACCCCGAUCAACGCUUCGUCCGACACCAUGGUGCUCUCUACCCCAGCUGGUUUAGGUAUCCAGUCGGAGCCCGACAAGUUACAGGUUGCGGGCAGCAUCCCACGCUUGGCUUCGCCUUUUAAUUACAGUACUUGGAAUGGGUCAGGUAACUCCAACACUCAACAUCGACGCCAUAUUAGCCACCAGCACUUUGAUACUGUUCACGCCACUGGGACGCGAUUGCUCUCCCCAUUCAAACUAGAGCCGGAGAGCUCUCUUAAUGUCAACAAACGACGAGCUCAGCAUAACUUGGAGGACGAACUAAGCCCUAGCGGGAGCAACAUCGAAAAGCUCAAUGUCGACCUCAACCGGCUCCCUGCCCCAACCACAUUUGAGCCAGAACCCCAGGUCCGACCUGAGCUGGUUUUCACCGGAGCAGGGGACAUCAAUCAGCGAAGAAUUCGAGUGCGAAAUCGUGGUGCAACGUUCGGCGCAGUGAACAACCGAGAGCACGUCGAACGCCUCUUUACUCCACCCACCUCCCAGUUUCCGAGUGCUGAUGGCAUUCCGCCGGUCCCACCAUUACCAGCUGCGUUGACGGCAUUGGCGAAGUCCAAUGUUCGGCCGAGCUCCGGUGGGCUUGCCCCGCCCGAACCUGAUUCGACUCAGAAGCGACUAGGAAGCCCAUUCGAGCUGGAUCCCAAUAAGCGAAGCUACCGGUCCAAAAACCCUCGACACGUACCGAGUUUGAGCGACCCUUUCAUAAGCACCAGCGCAUUCGCGACGACACCAAGUCACGGACACAACGCGAUGAGCAUCGGAGAACGACUGGCAAUGUUUAAUACUUUUCAUCCACCCCACUUUCCGCGACAAAUGGCCAACCCGCGAUCAAGGGAUGACCCGUUUGCUUGA